GCAUUACAGUAUAACAAUACGGGCAAAUAAGGAGAGACUUCAAACAUUCUUGUCGAAUAUUUGAGAGUGACAACCUUUUUUUCCUCCGGAUUUUGCCUUCUCCGUUAGCUCAACAAUCAAACUUGUUUCCGUUAUCAUGAACUAUUUGUUAGUUUUACCACAUUUUAGUUGGUCUUUGUGACAUCCUCAAAACGUUUUUGUUAUGAAACAAAUGUUCGAUAUUGUUUUUUUCUGAGGUUAGCGUAAGCUAACGCGUCUUGCUAUAAGGGAAAGCGUGAUGCCUGAAAUGUUUCAGAUAGAUGCUAGGCUAAUGCUACAAAGCCGUUUAGCUAGCUAACGUUAACUGGCUAGCUAGGGGCACUGCUUCAAUCGCAUCCAGCUAUAAAAGAACGCGUAUAUCUCCGUUAUCAAGGAAGGGAGUUAUCUGCUAUAGGGGUUCUCAAACUUUCUGGAGCUCGGGACCCCUUUUGUGAUAAGUACUUUUUCCACCACUGUGAAUUACUUAAUUGUCAUACUUGAGUAAAAGUAAAGAUUACCUUAAUAGAAAAUUACUCAAAUGAAAGUCACCUAGUAAAAUACUACUUGAGUAUAAGUCUAAAAGUAUUUGGUUUUAAAUAUACUUAAGUAUCAAAAGUGUAAUUUCUCAAAUAUACUAAAGUAUCAGAAGGAAAAGUAUAAAUAAUUGCAUAUUUUUUUAAUAUUAAGCAAACCAGACAACACCGUUUUAUUUGGUAUUUUAUUUACCGGUUAGCCAGGGGGGAACACCAGUCAGACAUUUACAAAUUACGAUGUGUAUUAUGUGUAUUUGGUAAGUCUGCCAGAUCAGAGGCAGUAGGAAUGACGAGGGAUUUCAUCUUUAAGUGCAUGAAUUGGACCAUUUCCUGCUAAGCAUUCAAAAUGUAGUUUUUUUGGAUGUCAGCGAAAAUGUAAAAAAUAUAUUUUUUAGGAAUGUAGUGAAGUUGUAGUGACGUUUAAAGUGGUCAAGAAUACAAAUAGUAAAGUACAGAUACACCAAAAACUACUUAAGUAAAAAUACUUUUAAACUACAACUUAAGUACUUUAUACCACUGCAAAAUCAUCAGGAACCCUCUCAUAAUCAGAACACAAUUUGAGUGAGAAAGUAUAGGAUACAAGGACUUUUACUAUGACUUUGGCAGUGCAUGACCGGACGAACCAAGUCUCGGCCCCUAGGAAGGAAAUGUUUUUGCAAAAUUUUUGAUUAUUAUAAUUUUUACCAGUUUCAAGCUCAUUUUCUGCAAUUCUACAACAACAAAAAAUCAUGAGGCAGAGAGCCUUUUUGUUGUGCAAGCUUUAAACCUCAUCCUGCAAUUCUACACAGUCUCAUGGCAGUUACAAAGCUUGAAUUACAGUGCAUCUAUGUUGAGAAACAUUUUAAGGGUAAUACAAGAAGUGUUGAGUUGAACAAUGUAUAAAUGGUGGACUUCUGUGGAUAAUAUCCCUGCGAGCCUCUCAUGCCCAUGUUGCCCAGAGUUAAGAACAUGAAUUAUAGCAUUCUUAUGACUGACUAUCUCUUAUUAAAUUGACUGGAGCCAGCAAAUCUCUUGUAAAAUUGACUGGGGCUGAGUUUGACACUUACCUUUUGAUGGACCUCAGUCAAUUUGACAAGGAGAUUUGCUGGCCCCAGUCAGUUUGACAAGAUACCAUCUGUCUUUUGUUGACCAAUAAAAUCCAUUUUUUAUUUUGAGAUCUGGCUGUGGAUCCCCUUCUGGACCCCACUUUGAGAACCCCUGAUCUACAAGAUGGGUUAUUGACAGUACCAACUGUCUUUGCUGUCAGGGUGCAGCAACAAAAAAAUCUUAUAAAAAGCCCCAAGUGACUGACAGUGAUGCAUGGGACAUUUUAUUGACAGUCAUUGGAAAGAUUCUGAAUGGGGGGGGCUUGCUUCUGAGAACUGACGGCAGCCACAAAUCACCAGUCACAUUUUCCCUGCAGCUGACCCGACUGCAACUACCAUUUUUCCAGCCCGUAAUUAACCUGACAUGUCUCAACCGAAGGAGUCAGGCGAUCGUGGGAAAGACAGGGAGCGGGGCGCCCGUCCCAAGGUGAGACAGAGCCGGUCUGAGGAGAGAAGAGAUGCCGGUGGAAGAGGAAAGAAAAAAGGCCAUACGUCCCGUGAGCAGCAAGCUGCGGAGCGGCCUGUCAGCGAUGGGUUUGAGUAUGGGGAUCUGCUGACUGGUCUAGAGCCCAGGGACCGCUGCUCCUCCUCUCCCCUGAAAGAGGGCAGGAGAUGGCAGGGUCAGGAGGGGGUCACUUCACUCAGCCAGGACAGGGGGACAGCCAGGCUGGCACAGGGGACACUUGAGCCACCAGCCAGUGAGGCUGAGGGCAGGGGGGCAGGUGGCAUUCGCACACUCCGCCAAAAGAUUCAGGAUGCCAUGGGGCAGUGUUUCCCCAUAAAGACCAACACUCCAUCAUUGUCCAGUUCCACUCAGCAGGUCUUCAUGCCACAAGCUGCAGCUGCUGCCUCCUCACGCCGCAAGAUCCACCUUAGUGAACUCAUGUUGGACGACUGUCCCUUCGCUGCAGGCACCGAGCUGGCUCAGAAGUGGUACCUCAUCAAGCAGCACACAGCCCCCAUCUCCACACCUCCUAUAGUGGACACCUUGGUGGUCAGCACUAGUGCCUCUGCCUCAAACAUGGCCGCCGUGGUGGAGGAUGUGGAUGACCGGUUACGAGAGCGCAGGCGCAUCAGCAUUGAGCAAGGCGUAGAGCCACCUCCCAACGCAGAGAUCCACACGUUUGAGGUGACGGCCCAGAUCAACCCGCUGUACAAGCUGGGGCCCAAACUGGCCCAUGGUAUGAAUGAGCUUGCAGGGGACGACAGGGCUACCAUUCACCAGCAACAGCAGCUGCUUCUCCAGAGGCAGCAGCAGCACCAGCUCCUGCUGCAAAGCUGUCUGGACACUCUGGAUGAGGCAGUGGCUGUGGCUGCCUCCUCUUCUGCCUCUGCAUCUGCCUUGGUCCCUUUCUGUGAGGCUGCUUCUGUCCCUGACCCCGUGGAUGACCCUCAGGUCACAGCCAGCGUCCAGCCAACCAGAGCUGCCGUCCCCCAGGCUGAGGGUCCCCCUACUCAGGACGGCUAUCGCAUCCACACCCAGAUCGACUACAUCCACUGUCUGGUGCCUGACCUGUUGCAGAUCACUAACCUACCCUGCUACUGGGGUGUGAUGGACCGCUAUGAGGCAGAGACUCUGCUGGAGGGCAAACCAGAGGGCACCUUCCUCCUCCGCGACUCAGCCCAGGAAGACUACCUCUUCUCCGUCAGCUUCCGCCGCUAUGGCCGCUCGCUGCACGCCCGCAUCGAGCAGUGGAACCACAACUUCAGCUUCGACGUCCACGAUCCAAGUGUGUUCCACGCGCCCACCGUCACAGGGCUGCUGGAGCACUACAAGGACCCCAACUCCUGCAUGUUCUUCGAGCCUCUGCUGUCCAACCCCAUCCACCGCACCCUGCCCUUCAGCCUGCAGCACGUGUGCAGGGCGGUGAUCAGCAGCCGCACCACCUACGACGGCAUCAACGUGCUGCCCAUCCCCAACACCCUGAAGAAACACCUGAAGGAGUACCAUUACAAGCAGAGGGUGAGGGUACGGAAGAUGGACACCUGGUGGGAAUAACAAAGACCUUCUGGUGGAAGUGAACCACAACUAGGCUACUAACUAAACACUCAAUGGAGGCGGGCCUCGCUCAGUGGACAACCAGUUGACUCACUCCAUUUAAAAAAAAAAUAACAUAUACUUACCUACUGCAUUCACUGUAUACCUAGCUACCUGUUUUAUUUAUUAUUUCCCAUAUAUGACGUCUUACACUUGUCUCAAACUCUGGAUAUAAUGUUAAUUCAAUUACGAUGCACAUACACAUUUUUCUUUACUCACAAACUUCAGAAGUGUGGUAAUGAUGCACCAUGUGUGAGGGGAUGUAUCAAUUAUUUGGGUUGAUGUGAACAGAAUCCAGGCUGGUUUGGUGGAUGAGUUAUGGAGCACAUACAGGUUUAAUAAUGGGUCAGUUAAUUACCAUUGCCAAAUGUAGGCUACUGGAAACUAACAGAUGUGACUAUAUAUGAAUGACAACCUGCUGGAAAACUGCUGAGGACCUGACUGGUGGUAUAAACCAUUUGCAAAUACAUUUUUUUAAAAUAUUUUGUGUCAUUCCUUUUGUAGGCAAAAGAAAGGUACUUAAAUUAAUUUGACUCGUCCUAAUAACCUUGAAUAAUCCAAUACUUUCCUAUAUAGCCUAUAGUUUUCAGACAAACUAAAACUAUGGGGUGUAAGGCAGGUAAAUGUCUUGAGUUUCUAUCCAUGUGAGAUGAUGUUACUACGUUUCAAAUUAGCGAACAUUGAAGCCAUUGCUGAAUGCUUAACACAAAAUGAAUCAAAUUGAAUAAGAGUUGAAACCAUUUCUCAGUGUUGUGUUAGUGCUGAGAACAACAUGAAGCAGCACCUGCUGAGAAUAGCUCCAUCUCCUCUGAAGUUUGGAAGUGCUUUGGUCUAUUGAUCUUCUUAGCCUACCACUGAGCCUGUGUUGGAAUCAGAGGAAUGAUGAUGGACGCACAUAUAAGCUACCUUUACGUUUUGAUCAUUGAGUCAUUGUGCCUUGUGCUUGGAGGCUGUUGGUGUAGCCUGGUCCAAUAUAGACAUUCCAGCAUGAUGGUGAUUUUAGAAUGGCCUCCAUUUUGUAUAUCGAUGUUAUCUCAAUAUCUUGUUAGGGUACUGGCUAUAUCAAAACGGAGGAUUGUAUCAACAAUGAGCUUUUAAAAAAAUAAAUCUGACUUUUUAGUACCAUGUCCUCACAUGACAUGAACAUUUA